GCUCCUUCUCUGCUCCAGAAGAGGACUGUCUGACUCUGCUCUGCCAGGAGGAGGCUUCCCAGAAGGCCUCGCGCGGAGGGGCCUGCCUCCCCUCAAGGCCUGCGAAGGGCUUCUGGGUGCCAGACACAGCAGAGGGGACCCAGUUGCCUUUGCCCUCCUCCUCCUCCUCCUCCACCCUCGGCGGCCAUGAGCCUGGCAGAGCCCCUCGGGGCCACUGCGCCUUUGCAGCCCCACGCCUUCAGCCCUAGGGCUUUAGAUUCAAAUGAUCAUUCUCCUGAUGAAGGAUUAGAAGAAGACUUCGGUGUUGUGAAUAAGAAAGCUGUGGAACAACUAACGGAAGGGCUGACUUCUCAUUAUUUACCUGAUCUACAGCGGUCAAAACUAGCUUUAAAAGAGCUAACACAGAAUCAAGAAGUACUCCUAGAAACACUUCAGCAAGAAAUCUCAAAGUUUAAAGAAUGUAAUUCUGUUCUUGAUAUCAAUGUGCUGUUUUCAGAAGCAAAGCACUAUCAUAAUAAAUUGGUCAACAUUAGGAAAGAAAUGAUGAUGCUUCAUGAGAAAACAUCAAAGUUGAAAAAAAGAGCUCUCAAACUCCAGCAAAAGAGGCAGAAAGAAGAACUAGAACGAGAGCAACAACGGGAGAAAGAGCUUGAAAGAGAGAAACAGUUAACUGCCAAACCAGCCAAAAGAACAUAAAAGCUGAACAUGUAUUGACUUGUUGAGCUGCUAAUGACAUUCUCUGGACUGGCUGAAAAAAAAUGCGUUGUACCUCAUAACCUGAUAUUCCUUCUUGCCAAGAAGGCAAUUAGUACAAUAUUAAUGUGUCCAGGUUUUUUGUUACUUUAUCCAGAAAGUGGUUAGGAGCUUACUGUUUCAACAAUGCCUUUUCAGUUAAUGCUGCACAGCAUGACACUGUAGUGUCAGAUGUUUUGCACAACUGGGGUAAAAAGAUUAUUUUUAAUGUCUAACAUUACAGUAUCUUAUUUGGUCUAGAUUGGUGUGUACAGGCCCAAAUUUGAAUUUAUUUUCUUAGUAGUUUACUUUGCUGAGUGGACUCUAGACUUUUUUACUGCUUGGUUGCCAUCACUGAUUUUCUCUUACCUACAUGUAGAAAAAGCUUUAUAUGUUGCCAUGCGCAGAAAAAGCUUUGCAGCUAUACCACAGUACUAACUAAUGUACUUAAUUUUAACAUAAUCUGAACAUUGUGAGAAUGUACUGCUUAAGUCUCACGUCUUCAUCAGCAACCCUUAUUAUGUUGUCCGAGUUAAUAGCACAAAUGUGAGGGAGCACCAGUGCAAACUCUCACUCAGCAUAUACAGGAAUACUCUUUCAGAACACUGGUUUAAGUGAAGGCAGCUAUGCACUUUAUGUGACAAACCUGUUGACAUAAGUGCACAUCUAUUUGCUACAACAGAUACAUAAAACAUGAACAAUAUAGAUAUAUCCUUAAACACUCAUGUUCUUGUUUCCUACUGGCAACCUCUUGUAGACUAUGCUGUUUGGCUAUUUCUAGCUAUUUUCAUAACAAGUGAUACCAGAAUAGGGUGCAAAAGGUAGAAGGACAUUAUCAAAAGUCUCUGAAUAGUUUGACAUCCAUUGGGAGAGAAUAAACUAGCCCCGUGUUUUCAGACAAUUGUUUUGUUUCAAUAAUUUUUUAACAAAAAUAAAUGUUGCUAUGGACCUAACCUUUCAAAGUGGUCUAAAGUCUGAUCUAUUCUGAUUAGAGCAAUCUUACAGGUUAUUAGAAAUAAAGGCAGGUUAUUCAUAUAAAAGAGUUUUGCUUGGCUUCAGAAGAGAAGAAACAUAAUAGUGUAUUUCUUAACCGUCAAAAUCAAAACAAAACAUUCACAAACUAGAUACACGCUGUGGAAUUCCUCAUGAUACCUACUGUUAAAACAUCAGAUUCGUAACAAAAUGUACAUGAAAUUAGAUUGUACAUAGAUAGUUUUGUUAAAAUACAAUGGAAAAAAUAAAAAGAAACAAUUGGAAUAAUUUUUGCACA